UUCUUCCUACCCCUCUCUCUCAUUUCCUAUUUGCUUCCCUUUUUUUCUUGCUUGCCAGGUUCCCUUCCUACCCUCCGCCUCCCUCCUAUCAUUCUGGAACUUGCCUCUCCUUCCCUCAUCCCUUCACUGGCUCAGGGUUUGUCUGCCCACCGGGGGAUGAUGGAAGGGGAAUGGAUCUCAGGCCUAGGCUCCGGCUCCUCUCCACAGAUGCUUCUCUGAGUGCCGAGUAAGCAGCCCUGAGACUGGCGGCUCGCGGGGUUGUGCUCACUCUCUUACGGGCCAGGGGCCGGCGACUCUUUAUUUGCCGCAAAAUCCUUCCCUGGCCUCCUUGGACUGCGGGCGCUCCUUGCUGCCCCACUGGGUUCCGGAGGGAGAUCUCACAGUCGUGAGCGGAUGAAACCAACACUGAGUUGAGAGUUGAAAGGCGAAGAAGAACCCAGAGAUCCCCAGCGAAAAUGUGUUGCGGCCCCUGUUGAAGGAGUCAACUUUCAGGCUGUUAAAGUCCUCAAGUCAUUAGCAUCAGCUGCGGCACUGGAGGGGCAAGCCAGCGCCUCUAAGUGGCUUAGCGCACAAACGAGGCUCCCGAGACCACCGCGGCAACCCCAACCGCUCUUCCACCACCGGCUGGAUGUAAAUUGCUCUCCGGAGCCCAUCUUGGCAUAGCCUACCACAGAGCAACACCUCUUGACAUGGAAAUGCACUGAUACAAUAGGCAAAAGAAACCCCUCGAUUGCAUCUCCCGGUUCCAGGUGGCCUUAUUUGGGCGAUUCGUUCCUGACCUUAUUCCUGUGAUGGAGGAUUCAGGCAUCCAGCGAGGCAUCUGGGAUGGAGAUGCCAAGGCUGUCCAGCAAUGCCUGACAGAUAUUUUUACCAGUGUUUACACCACCUGCGACAUCCCUGAGAAUGCUAUAUUCGGUCCCUGCAUCCUGAGCCAUACUUCCCUGUAUGACAGCAUAGCUUUCAUAGCUCUCAAGUCCACGGACAAGAGAACAGUUCCCUAUAUCUUCCGGGUAGACACCUCAGCGGCAAAUGGUUCUUCAGAAGGUCUCAUGUGGCUGCGACUUGUCCAGUCAGCCAGAGAUAAAGAAGAGCAGAACCUUGAAGCCUAUAUAAAAAACGGACAGCUGUUUUACCGCUCUCUCCGCAGGAUUGCCAAAGACGAGGAGUUACUAGUUUGGUAUGGGAAAGAACUGACUGAGUUACUCUUGCUCUGCCCCUCUAGAUCCCACAGCAAAAUGAAUGGGUCGUCCCCUUACACAUGCCUGGAAUGCAGCCAACGUUUCCAGUUUGAGUUCCCCUAUGUGGCGCAUCUGCGCUUCCGCUGCCCCAAGAGACUUCACAGCGCUGAUGCCAGCCCCCAAGAAGAGCAAGGCGGCGGCGUGGGCACCAAGGAUCACGGGGGCGGGGGCGGGGGCAAGGACCAGCAGCAGCAGCAGCAAGAGGCGCCCUUGGGCCCCGGCCCCAAGUUCGGCAAAGCCGGCCCCAUCCACCACUACCCCGCCCCCUCCCCCGAGGGCAGUAACCAGCCUGCGGCUGGCGGCGGCUGCGGCGGCGCCAAGCCCUCCACGGACUUUCACAACCUGGCCCGGGAGCUCGAAAACUCGGGGGGAGGCAACAGCUGCUCCCCGGCCCGGAGCCUCGGCAGCGGCGGCGGCGGCCACCAGGAGGCAGAGCUGAGUCCCGACGGCAACGCCACGGGCGGCGGCAAGGGGAAGAGGAAAUUCCCGGAGGAGGCGGCGGAGGGGGGCGGCGGCGUGGGACUGGCGGGGGCACGGGGUCGCUUCGCCGAGCGGCCCCUGCCCGCCUCCAAGGAGGACUUGGUGUGCACGCCGCAGCAGUACCGCGCCUCGGGCAGCUACUUCAGCCUGGAAGAGAACGGCCGCCUUUUCGCGCCGCCCAGCCCCGAGACGGGCGAGGCGAAGCGCAGCGCCUUCGUGGAGGUGAAGAAGGCGGCCCGAGCGGCCGGUCUGCAGGAGGACGCGGCCACCGACGGCGGGGGCGCGGCCGCCGAGGACCAGGACGCGGGCGGCGGCGGCGGCGGUGGCGGCGGCGGCGGCUCCUCCACGCCCGUGGCCGCUUCGCCGGCAGGCGCCGACAAGCUGCUGGCCCCGCGGCCUGGGGGCCCUCUGCCUAGCCGGCUGGAGGGCGGGAGCCCGGCGCGGGGCAGCGCCUUCACUUCGGUGCCGCAGCUGGGCGGCGCGGGCGGCAACGGCGCGGGCGGCGGCGCGGGCGCGGGGGCCUCCGGCGGCGCGGGCGGCGGCCAGGGUGCCGCCUCGGACGAGCGCAAGAGCGCCUUCUCGCAGCCGGCGCGCUCCUUCUCACAGCUGUCCCCGCUGGUGCUGGGCCAGAAGCUGAGCGCGCUCGAGCCGUGCCACCCCGGCGACGGGGUGGGCCCCACCAGACUCUACCCCGCCGCCACCGACCCUCUGGCCGUGAAGCUGCAGGGGGCCGCGGACCUGAACGGAGGUUGCGGGGCCCUGCCGAGCGGCGGCGGCGGCGGCGGCCUGCCCAAACAGAACCCCUUCCUCUACGCCACCGCCUUCUGGCCCAAGAGCUCCGCGGCGGCGGCGGCGGCGGCGGCGGCGGCGGCCGCGGGGCCCCUGCAGUUGCAGCUGCCCUCUGCGCUCACGCUGCUGCCGCCCUCCUUCACCUCGCUGUGUCUGCCCGCGCAGAACUGGUGCGCCAAGUGCAAUGCCUCCUUCCGCAUGACCUCCGACUUGGUGUACCACAUGCGGUCGCAUCACAAAAAGGAGUACGCGAUGGAGCCCUUGGUGAAGCGGCGGCGGGAGGAGAAACUCAAGUGCCCCAUUUGCAAUGAGUCCUUCAGGGAGCGCCACCACCUCUCCAGGCACAUGACCUCGCAUAAUUGACACGGAAAGGACCCUAGCUUUCCACGCGCGCACACUCACAGUCAAGCCACCUGCAGGAAAAACACGCGAGGACAUCCACCACCUCCUUGUGACCUGAAACGUUGCACCCAGAGACAGAAACACACACACUCAAACAUACACGUGCCACCCCCCCAACCUUUUCAUUUACAUGUUUACCUGCGACCUACAUUACACACACACACACACACACGCACACGCGCACACACACACAAGACAGGGUGGUGGAUUUUUGAUUGGGUGGGUUGUUCAAGGGGUUUUCUUUUGAAUGCACGCAUUUUCACUUUCCAAAAACAAAGGUACAUUUUUAAAAAUGUCAUAUAUUGCAACAUAUUGAUGCAUUUGUCAUACGUUUCUACUUAAAUUAUUAAGCACUUACGGUUUAGAUGUAAUAAUUAUAUGUAAGGGCAAAAUUUAUUUUAGAUAUAAAGUAAAGGAGGAGGGUGAGAUGGUUUCUGCAUUUCUUAAUGACAGUUUGUGUUCUUACAAAAAUAAAUAAAAUGAAGAAAAAGGGGUCACCAUUCAAUUUAAGUUUCCAGGGGGAAGUGCAUGUAUCAUGAAAUGAUUAUGGACUUCAGUGAAGAAUGUCAUCAUUAUGUAAAUAUGUAUUUCCUUUUAAUACAAAGUGUAAUUUUGUGCCAGUGAAAUGGAGUCUGAAUAGUUAUGUGUUUCUUUUAUCCCUGGAAAGAUUUAUUAAACUUUAUAGAUUAUCCAGGUAUUGUUGGAUGCUUUGACAAUAAAUGACUAUUUUCUUCAAAGCAA